AUGUUCUCGAUGGACUCGUUCGAUUUCGAGGCGGUGAUGAGCCGGCAUCUUUUCGAAGGGCCGUCGGUGCAUCAGCACCAAAGCCAGCAACCGUUACACCAUGUGCAGCAGCAUUCCUGCCAGCAGCAGCACCAGCAACAGCAACAUCACCAGACGCAUCUGGAUGCCGAUCAUCACCUGAAUCAUCAUCACCAUCAUCAUCAUCACCACCACCAUCGUCAUUUGCAGGACUUUCACCAGGACCAGCACCAUCACGAUCAUCAGCAGCAGCAUCUGCAUCAGGCGAAUAAUGUCGAUUCGACCACGUCCAACAGUUCGGACUUUUUCCUUGCCGACGACGAAAACACCACCGACAGUGAUUCGUACUGUGGCUUCAACAGUGACCAGGAAAAUAAUGAUUCCAUUAAAGAAAUCUACAGCAAUCGCACAUCCAAAUAUCGGCGGCCAAAGUGUGCCUCGCAGCAGGCCCAACAACGCCAGGCGGCCAAUUUGCGCGAGCGACGAAGGAUGCAAAGCAUCAACGAGGCUUUCGAGGGCUUGCGGACGCACAUACCAACCCUGCCGUACGAGAAGCGGCUCAGCAAGGUCGACACGCUAAAGCUGGCCAUCAGCUACAUCUCGUUCCUGGGCGAGAUGCUGCGCAAGGACAAGAACGGCAACGAAGCGGGCACAAACGGUGUCAAACGAGUCCCGGUGAAGGAGCCGCCCAAAAAGUUCAUAGUCCGCGGUGGCAGCGGUCAAGCACAUUCGCUCUCCUGGCACCGAAAGGGCGACCGGAACGCUAAUGGACGCUAUUUUGCGCGCAUUUGGCGCCCGGAAGAUCCUCGUGGCAACCAUCGCAAUAUCGCCGCUGGCCCGUCCACGUACGCCACUACGAAUGGCAUCUGCUAGACGACCGUCCCUAGUCCCAACCAACAUG